AUGGCAACCGUUGAAAAGACCAAACAGCAGCCCAAAAAGCUCCAACCCAAGAAGCUUCCCGUGCAAGAGGACCUCUCCGACGGCGAAGACUAUGACAGCGCCGACGACUACACCGAUGAUUCUGAAUACGAGGACGAAGUACCAGCCAAGAACCAAAAGGGCAAACUACCCAGCAAACAACUGCAGAAGAAACAACAAAAACAACCCCAAUACGAUUCAGACGAUUACACGGAUGGAUCUGAAUAUGACGAAGAUGAUUACGACUAUUCCGACGACGAAGCCGUGCAGCCCUACUCGAACGAAAACUCAGACUUCAAGCCCAACGGCGGCAUGGAUGUCCUGAAGAAAGAAGAGAAAUCCAUGCUGGACGAGGAAGGCAUGAAGUUGCGAUUGGAACUGAAUCUGGAAAUCGAGGUUGAGCUCAAGGCACGCAUCCAUGGCGACCUCACUUUAGCUCUCAUGUAA